ACUUCAUGGGUAAGAGUUUCGACAUUCGUCUUACUCGUCGACUGGAACGCGGCUCUGGAGCAAUCGCGGUCGUCUCUGUACUCACUGUUACACAUAUCCCUAGUCAGACGAGUGAAUUUAGAAAAGGGAAGUUCUUAUGUGAGGCAUGAGAGAAGCACUGCAUGGAGCUUCAUGCUUUACCCACUGCACUGGAGGCGUCACCUCUGGUCAAUCAGACGGGCGCCUUUAAUUUGCGACUUCCAGUGAAGGAUUAACAAAGGCACGACGCAGCAACAUCGAGACCGGUCACAAGGAAAGUGUUUUGCGGCCCAGGGAAAGGAUGGGUCGAGAGUAUGAUGCUUAAGGUACAUGAGCGACGUGUUACAUGAAGAAGUGUAACGUCAUGCUACGCAAGCGUUGUACGGAUCGAAUAUAGGCCAUUUCGGCGUUCACCCACUUGGGGUAGUUGAUCACUCUGCCUUUGGACUAGCCUGUAGUCAUUUGAUAGUUUUUCCAAGAACAGCACGGAUCACUUGAGACACCCGAUACCUGCCAACAUAGCGAGCGCCCGUGUGAACAGUCACUGUUGUACUGCUAGAGAUAGGUGUGGCUCCCAUUACUUACUGGCUUCUAUAAUUCUGCGAAACGAUGUUCUUUCUGAAGUUACAGUCUUAUACAGUUAUAGUCUUAUAUAGUCUUAUACAGUUAUAGUCUACAGCUAUAAUCUAAUUUAGGGAUGGUUUAGUCCAUGAUGUACGAAGCAGGGGGAAAGGCAAAGUGGUUUAUCAGCACCAAAUCUAAAGACAUCACCUCUGGGACGGUGUUCGAUAAUCGCCUUCGUCAAGGACAGCGACCCCUGAUCAAGGCCCGCUACAUGGGAAGUCGGAGAGUGAUGUAUCCCAGUUCCCGACUUGCGUCAGUCAGACGGAACGUUUUUUACGGGGUUCGGGAGGUGUUGGAAAUAGACUCUGUACAGUAAUUUCGCCUUUUGAAUCUAUUCGGUUAAAACAAACUCACUAAAACGAUUUUGGUAGAUGCACUUUAGAGAAAUAUGUAUAUCGCGUUACGUGUUCAUUGCUGCGGCAUCAUAGUGCUGUUCUUUGUAUCAUAUGCGUGUCGAGUUGCAAAGAUUUAACUUCUGGACAUUUACUUCAGGCUCUACACUUUUCAAAAUUUUUUCUCGGGCCACCUAUAAUGCAUUGCGGUUAGGACAUAAGGCAUGGAAGCCCUGUCAGCCAGACGCACUCCAAGUCGCCUCAUAAGACUGAACUGAACACGGCAACGCAAAGUCAACUCGGUGAGGACGCAGCCCACCUGAACGACACCAUUGCCUUCGCCAGAGACAGGCCUCAGUAGUACAGUCAUGCCUCACAACAGCGGAACAACUGAUACUGGGUCGUGGCGGCGAGAGGGUGAAUUCGGGAUGAUCAGAAGUGUGCGGCAAGGUUCCUCGCGGUCUUCGCUGCCAUAGGGAUAGUCAGCAGAAGAACAGCACAGCAUAAUACAAAUCUGCUAACAAGAGCAGAAAAAGAAAGAGACGAUGGCGUCCGUUACCAGAAAUGAGUCGGAGCUGGAGCUUCGCACACUCCUUCAACGAGUAGACCUUGUCUCCUACUACGAGAAAUUCAUCGAGAUAGGUGGAGACAAUGUCCAGCAGCUUCGUGACGAUUUCCAGGAGGUGAUUCGCCUGGUAGAUAUGGCCAGAAAGCCACUUCACGUCAAGAGAUUGAAGAAAGCACUGACACAAUGGACACCACAGCCAGUCGCAGGAACGUCCACUGCAGCAGAUAGUUCAGAAGGAGAGCUUCACGAACUACUUCGACGAGCGGAUCUUAUCUCCUACCACGACAAGUUCAUGGAGAUAGGUGCACACAAUGUGCAGCUGCUUUGUGACUCAACCGACGAAGAGUUCCAGGCACUCACCGACCAGGUAAACAUGACCAGGAAGCCCCUUCACGUGAAAAGAUUGAAGACCGCACUCAGACAGCGGUCAGGCCAUGCAGCCGUAAUGACGUCCAUUCCGAGAAACGAAUCGGAGCGUGAAGUUUACGAACUGCUUCAGCGAGCGGAUCUCCUCGCCUACUACGACAAGUUCAUCGAGGAAGGCGGGGACAAUGUGCAGCAGCUUCUUGACGCGACGGAAGAAGAGUUCCAAGAGUUCAUCGACAUUGUUGGCAUGGCUCGAAACUCACUUCACGUCACGGAAUUGAAGAAAGCGCUGGAACAGUGGAAAGGGCGCAAAGGUACAUGUGGUUCAGGCACAUCUGCGCACAAGUCAGCCGCGAUGUUUUUGACAGGGCAAGAUGGACAAUCAAUAGCGUUAGAGGAAUCUCCUGAGACUGAGGCUAUUAGGACUGAGAUGCACGGUGCCAUUGAGAGGAGAGAUGUCGAGCGAGUGCGAGAGUGUCUGCGAGCAGAACCACGACUAAAGAUAUGGAUGAAUCCACAUACAAAGCAGUCAGCUAUGUAUAGAGCUCUGAGCCAAACCGCGUUCAACUUGUAUGUCUUACUGCGGUCGCAGAAAUGCAUAUUCAGGCACCGUGCUGAACAACAUUACCUCGAAAACCUGAAUCCUCUCGAAAAGAGCGAACUCGUGCGACAACAAAAUUUUGCAAUGGCAUCCAGAGGAUCUCACCUCAGUUUCCUCAAGAGCAGAUCGAAGAGCCUAGCCGAUUUUGACGGAUUUGGCAAAAUUCUGGAUAACUUGUAUGGUGCCCUCGACAGCAGCGAUUUACUCACGCCUGUUUUGAACGUAGCUUCAAUGGCCCCUUAUUUGAGCAUUCACUUCGACUUUGAACAAGUACACAUCCAGUGCAUGGCGGGGGGCAGCAGAACUGAGUAUGGCUUAACUGAUCCAGAAAAAGAAGACAUCUUAGUCGGAGCCAAAGGACUUCGGGCGGAACCAUCACACGUCUCGGAAGAUCGCACGAAAGAAGUUGCAGGGACACUAAUUCAUGAACUGUGUCAUUUGGCUGUUUUUCUUGUAUACGGAAAUGAAGCAAAGCCGUACCGGAGUUCGGAUGCGAUGAGCAGAGAGCGCUACGCAGACAUCGUCAACGAUGUCAGAGGUCGAAAGGGAGACUUACAUGAAAUCUUACAAUUGGCAUUUCAAGGGAAUGACGAACCAGAAUUAAUAGUUCGAGUACCCCAUAUUCUUGCUCUGUGUCCUACUGAAGCGAACGCUAUUCUGGAACAGCAAGUCCCGAGGCUCUACCAAUUCUACAAAACGCAGGUCCUCGAAGAUAUGGAACAGUGCAUACGGAACGGCUGUCCCAUCAAGGACAUUGAGAUCAUCAAGGAAGAAAACGGAAAAUUAGGCAAGGCAUCCUCGACAGAGGAACUUGGAAUAGAAUUUGAGGCCGGACUUGAUGAAUCUACUCUACAACGUGGGCCACUUGUUGUCCUCAUAGCGUCAAAUAUAACCUUCCUCGAGGCAAUGGUCAACGACCUCUUAAGAUCUGCAACAGUUCCGUACCUGUUUCUCGAAGCAUCGCGUUGGUGUCAGAGAACGAAGUUCGUACUAGUCAAGAAUAAGUGCAGCUUUUUGCUUGUGUCGUGUGACGGUAAAAGUGACCUCAAAGAGAUUCUUGAACUGUGGAAAGAGCUGCAUCGCGUCACCGGCACGAAAAUUGUUCUGCUGACAUCGGAGAGCAACCUGGAGCACUGUCUCCAAGAAGUUGAGAGGACCUCGUCACAUGUCAGCGGAAUUUACUUUGACGUCAUACACAGCGCCACAUUUGGGAACGUCACGUCCGAGUGUAAGAGUGCCAUUAUCCAGAAAUCACGGAUCUCUCUUCAGUCUUCCAGCGAAGAGACAUUGAUUCAAGACAUUCUGGAUGUCAGUAGCUUCCUGGAAAUAUGUCAGGAGGAUACAUUUCUGACGCUAUGCAGAGGAAAAGCCUUAUUUUUAGGGCCACAACUACAAGAACUUCCGAAAAAUAUAAGCGAGUGCUACAUUGAGCAAAAGUGUGGAAGGUCUGUUGUGGUUGACUUGCACAAGAUCACAGGUCGUCCUCAGGACGACGCUUUCGCUGUCUUCGGCUGUUCCAAGGAGACACUCCACUCACUUCUACCUGCGGGUCUUACUGUGAAACGAAUGAGCGACUUGGACAAGUUCCAAGAAAUUGUCAUUCUGGAGAGUGACAGUGAGUACGAGGCCCUUGUUGAGCAUGAAUACUACAAGGGGAAGACAGUCCACCUCCUAAAAUUUCACGAAGAACGGUUCAUAUGGAAAAAGUCAAAUGGUGCUGUAAGUCACCUUCCCAUGACUGGGAAAGAAAUUUACUCCGCGAAUUCUCUGCUUAAAACAAGUGGGAAGGUCAUCGUUGUCUCUGGAGACCCAGGAAUGGGGAAAACCGUUCUGGCAACGAAACUUUGCGGAGAAAUAAAGAAAGCGGACGAGAAAGGAUGGGUACUUUAUGUCAGUAAUUACCCGAACACGCAAGAAGCGACUACAAUGUUGAUUGAAGAAACUGGUGGCACCAAUUUCAAGCAGUUUGCGAAGUUGUGUGGCGUGAAGACAAGCGGAGAAGAGUUUCAACUGUUCCAACAAAGUGUCACCAAGGGAAGUCCGUUUAACAUCUGGGUCAUUUUCGACGCCGUUGACGAAAUUCAGGAGACUAGUCGAAAAAUCAUCCUUGAUUUCGCGAAGCGUUUAACGCAAGGAAACGUGUUUAAGAUCUUGAUUUUUACACGCACGCUGCAUAGAAAACCGGCAGAAGACGAAAUCCACUCGGUAGCCUUCUGCAUGAUUCCGUUCUCUGAGGAAGAUCAAGCUGAAUUCAAGCAGAAAUAUAAGGAAUACGCUGAUCAAAUACCACCGUAUGAACCGAAUACAAAGAUCAAUGACAAGACGUCCCAAAGCAUCCUUCGUCAUAUUAGAGUAAAAGCUAACUACCUUCUAGGAAAUCCUCUCUUUCUCAGACUGGUAACUGAGCUGGAGGAAGGCAAAGCGUAUGACCUUGACUACUGGGAAUUGAUGCAACGCAUGUGCAACUGCGGUGACUGCUAUACACGUCUAUUGGUGUACAGAUUGUUCGUAGAGUACAAAUACCUGCGAUAUCGCAAAGAAAAAAAGUGUGAAGUAUUAACAAAAGCCGCAAACAAAGAUGAUAACGAGAGGUUGAAGGAGAUAUUUUACCACGAUCACGAGCUACUAGCACUGAAGGCUGUUCUUUCCGAGGACGAUCUCACGAGACUCCUGAGUGAAAGUGAAUGCAGUCUCCUCGAAAACGAGGGACGACUAACCAUGGAGGUCAAAGUGAACAAGCAGAAACACGGCCUAAUACAGGAACUGAGGAAUGGUGCCCCUCGUUUUGUGCACCACAGCUUCGCCGAGUUUUUAGCAGCAUAUUCGAUCUUCAAGAGGUUAAAGAAGGCGCAUGAUAAAGGCGACGAAGACGUGAGAACUAUCGUUUCGAACAUGUACGGUGAUUCUGCCUAUGACGGCAUGUUGACCUUCUUGGAUGGAUUCGCAGCGGAAGGACACUCAGUGCAUUGCAGUAUUAUGAAUAACGACAUUGAAAAUCUUAAAGCAUCUGCAGCAAAUGGUUUCGCUCUAGACGACUUCCAAAGAACACUUCUGCAUGUCGCUGCACUGCAUGGUAAUCAAGACGUCUUAAAGUGUCUUGCUUUUAACGAAGUGCUGACACAGAGAGAUAUGCUGGGGAUGACACCUCUCAGGUAUGCUGACCAGAUUCGUUCAUGGGAAACACUAGACGUCUUCUGUGCUCGUAUUGGUACUUCUACUAUUAACUGGUCUGAUGAAAUUCCAACAGCGGCCAGCAACAUUACGACUGAAACUGAGCUUUCGAGAUCAAUUUUAAUGAUCGUAAUCGACAAGCGACUUAAGGGGCUUUUAUCUGUGCUGCUUAAAAUGUUUUGCAAAAAUAAGAUGUGCCCUACCGAGACUUGCCCCAAGAGAGAGAUAAAACAUUCCACGAAAAACGUGCGCUCUUCAGCAGCCACUGUACAUAUCCCGAUGGAUAUUGAUUGUAUUAGGCAUAAUAACAAGCGUACACCCUUGCAUGUCGCUGUCAGGGUUGGCGAACUUGACAUUGUCGAGGUACUUCUGCCGUAUUCCUCACUAAACGUACGCGACAUUUAUGGUAUGACUGUGUUUCAGAGUUGCGCUUAUGUCGGUCAUACAAACGUCCUGAGGCAUCUACUUCCUCUAGCGUCGGUCCAUGAUUGGUGGAUAUUUGACAACUCGGGUCCAGAAUUAACGACGGCAGCUUUAGACGUGAAGAAUUCUGAUGACGCAGAACUUCUACUCCCCCAUCUCUUGACCCGCCCCUCUAUUAAGGCGAACCUCUUGUAUCAGAGUGUUGUUUCGAGGCGCGCUGGAGUGACGAAAUCUUUUCUUCCUCACACUGAUACCAAUGAUCCUCGUAGGCAUUACGGCAGAACGACUUUCCAAGCAUGCGUAGGCUGUGCGGACUUAGAUGUAGUGAGACUAAUGCUUCCUUACACUGACAUGGAUGGAAGUGACGAACGCGGUACGACUACGCUUCGCAUAACAGUGAACGACAUAGUUUCACAGGACAGACGUCGAACGUGUGAUGUUGACAUAGCGAAACUGCUAAUUCUUCAUUGCGGCAUCGACUCUCUUGACAUGGACGGCAAGGCUGCUCUGAUGAUGUGUAUAAAGCGUACAGACAACUUUACCGUUUUUAAGGAAGUGCUUCUUUACAUGUUAGUCACGUGUCGUUCUAUAAGUGAAGUAAUGUCAGUCCAUUAUGUUGCAAAAGCAGAAGAGGAGGAUAUCUUAAAGUAUCUGAUCUCUCGCACUCGCAUUAACGCUCCGGAUAAAAAUGGCUAUACGCCACUCGCUCACUCCUGCAAUGCUAGAUACUUGAGAGCGGCGAAGCUGCUGCUUCCCCUUACAGUAGUCGAUAUCGGCUCAUUGAUGAGGAUCAGAUACUUCCCUUCAGUAAUGCGUGAAGGGGGAUAUGCCAUUGUUGAUUUGCUCGUCCCGCAUUCAUCGAAAAGUACCAUUUGUCGUGUGUUUGCUAACGGCAUCGCAUUAUGGUAUGAAACUAAGACACAAUUUUGUCAGCCCCUUCGUCAAGCCAGUUUUUAUAAAGCGCUGAUGGAUGAGCAUAUUACAGAGAGUGAGCAUUUUCUGCAUUCGUUGAGGAUUUCUCCUGAUGUGUGGUUUCGCUGGAAUAUCGCUGCUGUGGCGAACCCAGGAAUCGCGGCUGUGACUAAACGUUCUCUGCCCCAUGUUGAUGUGAACGGUCGUACAAGAAAGAAAAAGACUAUAUGGCUUGAAAGUGUGCGCCUAGGUUGCUGGGCAUUGGUGCAGCUCCUUCUGCCUUACACAGAAGCACGUGAUGUUGAUGUCAGUCAGAACACGCCGUUAGUGCUGAGUACUUCGAAUUGGUUAAGUUCUACUACAGAAUCAUCGCAGACAGAAGAUAUACGGAAUGCGAAAAUGAACAUUGAAGAGAUCAAAAUAGUAAAGCUGCUCAUCCUGCACUCACACUUCGGUGUAUGGGACGCAGGUCGGACUCUGUCACACGGCGGGAGCGUCAUCAACCUUCACAUAAUGAAGUUUCUCUGCUCGCAUUCAGCGGUGAAUAAGCUCGUAUUUCCUCAUUCGCCACCCGCUUCUCGUAGUAUAAGUGUAGCAGAGUUCAUCGAGUGCCUUGAAAGCAUUGAAGAGCAGGAUAAUCUGAUUCUAAAGUAUGUGAUACCUUACACUCGCAUCAACGGUCUGGAUGAAGAUGGAGAUACGCCACUCGCUCACUGCUGCUGUCAUGGAUACUUGAGAGCGGCGAAGCUGCUGCUUCCCCUUACAGUAGGCGAUUUCGGUUUGGUCAUGAUGAUUCGGUCAUUCGGUCUAGAGCUGCUUGCAGGGGAAUAUGGCAUUGUUGAGUUGCUCCUCCCGCAUUCCUUGAAACGUAGCAUUUCUCUUACGUUGGCUGCGUGCAUCGAAUCAUGGGAUGAAUUUCUGACGGAAUUUUGUCAGACCACCGGUAAAGCCAGCCUUCGUAAAGUGCUCAUGGCUAAGAGCCGUAAAGGGAUCGAGGAUGUGUGGGAUUCGUUGCCGAACCCUCCUGAUGUGUGGGUUGACAGAGAGAAUGAAGCAAUCGCGACUCUGACUAAAUUGUGUCUGCCUCAGGUUGGUGUUAAGGGUCGUACAACGAUGAAAGGGACGAUGUGGCUUCAAAGUGUGUGCCAAGGUUGCUGGGCAUUGGUGCAGCUCUUUCUGCCUUACACAGAAACACGUGAUAGUGACAUCAGUCAGAACACGCCGUUACUGUUGAGUGCUACGAAAAUGUCAAGUGCCACUACAGAAUCAUCGCAGGCAGAAGAUCAACGGAAUGUGAAAAUGAACACUGAAGGGAUCCAAAUAUUAAAGCUGCUUAUCCUGCACUCAGACUUUGGUGUAUGGGACGCAGAUCGGACUCUGUCACAAGGAGGGUGCGUCAUCAACUUUCACAUAAUGAAGUUUCUCUGCUUGCAUUCAUCGGUGAAUAAGCUCAUAUUUCCUCAUUCGCCACCCGCUUCUCGUAUUAUAAGUGUAGCAGAGUUCAUCGAGUGCCUUGAAAGCAUUGAAGAGCAGGAUAUUCUGAUUCUAAAGCAUGUGAUACCUUACACUCGCAUCAACGGUCUGGAUGAAGAUGGAGAUACGCCACUCGCUCACUGCUGCUGUCAUGGAUACUUGAGAGCGGCGAAGCUGCUGCUUCCCCUUACAGUAGGCGAUUUCGGUUUGGUCAUGAUGAUUCGGUCAUUCGGUCUAGAGCUGCUUGCAGGGGAAUAUGGCAUUGUUGAGUUGCUCCUCCCGCAUUCCUUGAAACGUAGCAUUUCUCUUACGUUGGCUGCGUGCAUCGAAUCAUGGGAUGAAUUUCUGACGGAAUUUUGUCAGACCACCGGUAAAGCCAGCCUUCGUAAAGUGCUCAUGGCUAAGAGCCGUAAAGGGAUCGAUGAUGUGUGGGAUUCGUUGCCGAACCCUCCUGAUGUGUGGGUUGACAGAGCGAAUGAAGCAAUCGCGACUCUGACUAAAUUGUGUCUGCCUCAUGUUGGUGUUAAGGGUCGUACAACGAUGAAAGGGACGAUGUGGCUUCAAAGUGUGUGCCAAGGUUGCUGGGCAUUGGUGCAGCUCUUUCUGCCUUACACAGAAACACGUGAUAGUGACAUCAGUCAGAACACGCCGUUACUGUUGAGUGCUACGAAAAUGUCAAGUGCCACUACAGAAUCAUCGCAGGCAGAAGAUCAACGGAAUGUGAAAAUGAACACUGAAGGGAUCCAAAUAUUAAAGCUGCUUAUCCUGCACUCAGACUUUGGUGUAUGGGACGCAGAUCGGACUCUGUCACAAGGAGGGUGCGUCAUCAACUUUCACAUAAUGAAGUUUCUCUGCUUGCAUUCAUCGGUGAAUAAGCUCAUAUUUCCUCAUUCGCCACCCGCUUCUCGUAUUAUAAGUGUAGCAGAGUUCAUCGAGUGCCUUGAAAGCAUUGAAGAGCAGGAUAUUCUGAUUCUAAAGCAUGUGAUACCUUACACUCGCAUCAACGGUCUGGAUGAAGAUGGAGAUACGCCACUCGCUCACUGCUGCUGUCAUGGAUACUUGAGAGCGGCGAAGCUGCUGCUUCCCCUUACAGUAGGCGAUUUCGGUUUGGUCAUGAUGAUUCGGUCAUUCGGUCUAGAGCUGCUUGCAGGGGAAUAUGGCAUUGUUGAGUUGCUCCUCCCGCAUUCCUUGAAACGUAGCAUUUCUCUUACGUUGGCUGCGUGCAUCGAAUCAUGGGAUGAAUUUCUGACGGAAUUUUGUCAGACCACCGGUAAAGCCAGCCUUCGUAAAGUGCUCAUGGCUAAGAGCCGUAAAGGGAUCGAGGAUGUGUGGGAUUCGUUGCCGAACCCUCCUGAUGUGUGGGUUGACAGAGCGAAUGAAGCAAUCGCGACUCUGACUAAAUUGUGUCUGCCUCAUGUUGGUGUUAAGGGUCGUACAACGAUGAAAGGGACGAUGUGGCUUCAAAGUGUGUGCCAAGGUUGCUGGGCAUUGGUGCAGCUCUUUCUGCCUUACACAGAAACACGUGAUAGUGACAUCAGUCAGAACACGCCGUUACUGUUGAGUGCUACGAAAAUGUCAAGUGCCACUACAGAAUCAUCGCAGGCAGAAGAUCAACGGAAUGUGAAAAUGAACACUGAAGGGAUCCAAAUAUUAAAGCUGCUUAUCCUGCACUCAGACUUUGGUGUAUGGGACGCAGAUCGGACUCUGUCACAAGGAGGGUGCGUCAUCAACUUUCACAUAAUGAAGUUUCUCUGCUUGCAUUCAUCAGUGAAUAAGCUCAUAUUUCCUCAUUCGCCACCCGCUUCUCGUAUUAUAAGUGUAGCAGAGUUCAUCGAGUGCCUUGAAAGCAUUGAAGAGCAGGAUAUUCUGAUUCUAAAGUAUGUGAUACCUUACACUCGCAUCAACGGUCUGCAUGAAGAUGGAGAUACGCCACUCGCUCACUGCUGCUCUCAUGGAUACUUGAGAGCGGCGAAGCUGCUGCUUCCCCUUACAGUAGGCGAUUUCGGUUUGGUCAUGAUGAUUCGGUCAUUCGGUCUAGAGCUGCUUGCAGGGGAAUAUGGCAUUGUUGAGUUGCUCCUCCCGCAUUCCUUGAAACGUAGCAUUUCUCUUACGUUGGCUGCGUGCAUCGAAUCAUGGGAUGAAUUUCUGACGGAAUUUUGUCAGACCACCGGUAAAGCCAGCCUUCGUAAAGUGAUCAUGGCUAAGAGCCGUAAAGGGAUCGAGGAUGUGUGGGAUUCGUUGCCGAACCCUCCUGAUGUGUGGGUUGACAGAGCGAAUGAAGCAAUCGCGACUCUGACUAAAUUGUGUCUGCCUCAUGUUGGUGUUGAGGGUCGUACAACGAUGAAAGGGACGAUGUGGCUUGAAAGUGUGUGCCAAGGUUGCUGGGCAUUGGUGCAGCUCUUUCUGCCUUACACAGAAACACGUGAUAGUGACAUCAGUCAGAACACGCCGUUACUGUUGAGCGCUACGAAAAUGUCAAGUGCCACUACAGAAUCAUCGCAGGCAGAAGAUCAACGGAAUGUCAAAAUGAAUAUUGAAAAGAUUCGAAUAUUAAAGCUUCUUAUCCUCCACUCGAACUCCGGCACACUGCGUGCAGAUCGGGCUCUGACACACCGCGGGAGCGCCACCAACAUUCAGAUGAUGAAAAUAAUACGCCCGCAUCUAUCCAUGUCUUGAUUUGCUUCUUGGGGGAUAAGACUGCCAUGCAUAACCCAAUAACGCUGGGCACUUUCAUACUGUGGUGCCAUUCUUGUUUGCUACCGUUCUUUGUUGUAUCAUCCAUACUUCUCCCAUGCCCUGCGGCAUUUUCUUACUUAUAAAGGCGACAUCUUGCAGGGGGUGUUAAUGGGGCCAUCGCGAUCUAUGUUGUGUAGCUUGCAAAUUAUUUAGCAACAACCUGACUAAACCAAGCUGUUGUUCCUAACAACCUUUAAUUACUGGUGGCAUGACCCCUGCUAGUGAAACAGCGCCCGCAUGGGGCCGGUGUCACGAGUUAUAUAGCAUUUAACCUUCUCGCCGUGUGAUAUGACAGUACUCAUAAUAGCAUUAAUAAUAUUAAUAACAACAAGAUACUAAUGAUGUGUAACAAUAUCAAGAAGAUAUAUUUGGGUUGUAUGUAUGCAGACCGUGAGUCCAUCAUGUGCAUUUUUCGGCAAUAAAUCUUGUUAGCUAUGA